AUGUUUAAGCCAGAAGAAAGGAUUUAUCAAAUUGUUUAUCGUAUUAUUUUGUUUAAAAAUGUUUGCAGUCCGAAUAUAUCCUCGAUGACACCGGAUCAAGGAGGACAACCCGAUGCUGGAUAUAAUGCUUGCACGAUAGAGGGAUUUGGUGCAUUGAGUGCGUCGUCGAAAAAGUUACGGGCUCGAUUUUUUGGAUCAUAUGAAAAGGCGAAAACGCUUGGUGAAACGGCUAAACAACGGCAAGCCGCUGUACGACCUACGUUAAUCGAGAAUGAACGUGAAGAAAUGGAGAAGUAUCGCAAGAGAUAUAUGUCUCUCGCAAUGAAACAAUACAGUGAGCAACAGGCCAAGAAUCGUGACAACAACUGUAACUCGAUGACACAACCGAUCCAGCCUCAGCUAAUUACUCCUUCUCCAUAUAAUUGUUUCUUACAUCCACGAGCUAAUCUUUUUCCUGGCAUGGACGCACAAUCGUUGCCCAAUACUCAACUUCCUGCACCUCCACGUGCUCAAACUCGCAAACGUCAUUACGAUCGUACCAACUGGACUAUCACGUCAAACAACCCAACAAUGAUGUGUGGUAAUAUAAUGGGGCCAAGUUCAAGCGUGGAGGAUCAUUCAAAUCAUGUUUAUGAGCCAUCGCAAAACUUAAAAAUGGCAAAAAAUGUUGAUAUGCUUCCACCUCAACAGCAUAUUAUUCGAUAUCCUCAAAGCUCAUUGACUCCUCAAAUUCCUACUAUUCCUCAGUAUUUGGAGGUGAACGCACAAGUUAAUCAUCAAUCGUCAAUGCAAAAUGGUUUUCAGCAAUUACCGAACGGUUUUCAUGAAAAUGCAAAUUUUUCAUCGAUCUCUACAACAAUUCAAGAAAAAUAUACGAACUAUGAAAAUUUACCAAUGCAACAACCUUCACCACCGAAAAUAUCAAAUGGAUGUUGCCAAUCUUUAAGUUCAGAUGGAAUGAACAGUUCAUCAAAUUUACCCGAGUUAACCGAUUCUCACAUGAUAAAUUUAAUGGACCAGUUUAGCCCAGGUAAUCCAUUAAGCGAUCUUGGUGAUGGAUGUUUAGAUGGCGUUCUAACUAAUCAAAAUGAGAUAGAGCAGCCAUCGACUUCUAGUGAUCCGGAAAUUACGGACAUCUCUAAAAUCUCUCCUAUGGCCCAUCAAAUGGGAGCUAAUUCUGUUCCGAGUCAAGUGGUGACACCACCAUCUCAUAGUUCCCUUGCUUCGAAUGGUAGCACAUGUUCCGUACCAUCCUCAUCUGUUGGUAAUAAUAUAGCCUGUAAUGGACAAAUGAAAACUCAUCCCUUACAAAAUCAUGGGAAUUCACAAGAAGGAAAUAUGUUUGUUUAUAAUCCAAGCAAUAUUCCGUUGAGUUGUAGCACUCCUUCAUCUUCUGCAGUUAAUUGUUGUUAUCCUCAAAUGAAUCCUUCAUCCUCUUUGAUUCAGAAUAGUAUAGCUCCUUAUUCAACUCCAAAUCAGGUUUGUACUGAAUCCCACAAUAAUAGCCCUGUAUCGAUGAUGAAGAUCUCACAGAAUUAUAAUGCAACUUAUCCGGAAGCAACUAAUUCUAUGUUAUCGAAUAACGCAAUGUCCGUGGCUCAUUUGAAUAAAGCACAAUCAUAUGCUGCACAACCAUCAGCCAACUAUGCGAUGCAAGGAAGGCUCCAUGAUUCUUCACAAUAUGUCAAUAAAGCAAUUCGUUUUCGAUAUCGUGAGUCAUUUAUUUUAGCUUGUGCUUCUAGUCAAAUGUCACCAAUGAUGUAUCAGAGUGGUCAAAUAUUUGAAUCAAUGCAUUCUACAUCCGAACAACAUCCGGGGAAUCGUCAGCCUAAUUACGCAUAUCCUAUGGGAAUGCAAGCAAUGGCUCAAAAUAUGCCACUAUAUCCAACAAAUGGCUAUAUGGUACCUACACAACAGUACAAUUCUAAUAUCGUGUAUGGACAAUCUACAAUCCCUUCAUAUCCUUCUUAUUCUUCAACAUUAAAUGAUCCUUAUGCAUCAUCAAAUAGUUCCAGUUAUUUCUGCUAA